AGGAGGCUAAGGCAAAUUCAUGAUUGAAGACUCUUGCUUCCUUGUCCUUGAAUUGAAACUUUUGUUCCCUCUCAAAUGUCGAAGGCAACUCUUUCUCGAAUCAAACCUCGUCAACACCCGAAAGGCUCCUCCUCUUUGCCUCCCCGCAUCAACUACCUCGUUUCCGACGUCAUCCGAAUCCUUAAAACCCACCAAUGGCAGGAUUCCCUCGAAUCUCGCUUCGCCGAAUCCAAGGUUGUCGUUUCCGACGUUGCCCAUUUCGUCAUCGACCGAGUCCACGACGCAGAACUCGCUCUGAAGUUUUUCGAUUGGGCUUCGACCCGACCCUUCUCUUGUUCUCUCGAUGGGGUUGCCCACUCUUCUCUUCUCAAGCUCUUGGCCAGCUUCAGAGUGUUCCCGGAGAUCGAGUUGGUGCUGGAGAACAUGAAAGCUCAACACUUGAAACCUACCCGUGAAGCAUUCAGCGCUUUGAUUCUUGCAUAUGGAGAAUCCGGGUCGCUUGAUAGGGCCCUCCAGUUAUUCCAUACUGUUCGUGAAAUGCAUAACUGUUUGCCCACUGUUGUCGCUAGCAAUUCGUUGCUGAAUGGUUUGGUCAAAAGCGGGAAAGUUGAUGUUGCGCUCCAGCUGUAUGAUAAAAUGCUUCAAACAGAUGAUGGCACUGGUGCUGUUGUGGAUAACUACACCACCUCCAUAGUGGUGAAGGGAUUAUGCAACUUGGGGAAGAUUGAGGAAGGUAGGAGAUUGGUUAAGGAUAGAUGGGGGAAGGGUUGUGUGCCACAUGUGGUGUUUUAUAAUAUGAUUAUUGAUGGGUAUUGCAAGAAGGGUGAUCUCCAAUGUGCUACUAGAACUCUCAAGGAAUUGAAAAUGAAGGGGGUUUUGCCAACGGUAGAAACUUACGGGGCUUUAAUUAAUGGAUUUUGCAAGGCAGGGGAGUUCGAAGCAGUUGAUCAACUUCUGACAGAAAUGGCUGCAAGGGGAUUGAAUAUGAAUGUGAAAGUGUUUAAUAAUGUUAUUGAUGCUGAGUUCAAGUAUGGUUUGGUAACUAAAGCGGCUGAGACGAUGAGAAGGAUGGCUGAGAUGGGUUGUGGGCCAGAUAUUACAACUUACAAUAUUAUGAUUAACUUUUCGUGUAAGGGUGGAAGGAUUAAAGAAGCUGAUGAAUUCCUAGAGAAGGCAAAAGAAAGGGGAUUGCUGCCUAAUAAGUUUAGUUAUACCCCCCUCAUGCAUGCUUAUUGCAAACAAGGGGAUUAUGUUAAGGCAGCAGGUAUGCUUUUUAGGAUUGCUGAAAUAGGAGAAAAACCGGACUUGGUUUCUUAUGGUGCUUUUAUCCAUGGAGUUGUUGUUCAUGGGGAAAUUGAUGUUGCACUGAUGGUCAGAGAGAAAAUGAUGGAGAAGGGCGUGUUUCCUGAUGCUCAAAUUUACAAUGUUUUGAUGAGUGGUCUCUGUAAGAAUGGGAGGUUUCCUGCCAUGAAACUACUACUUUCUGAAAUGCUUGAUCGAAAUGUUCAACCUGAUGUGUAUGUUUUUGCCACCUUGAUGGAUGGGUUUAUUAGAAAUGGUGAACUUGAUGAGGCAAUUAAGAUUUUUAAAGUCAUAAUUCGAAAGGGUGUGGACCCUGGCAUUGUGGGGUAUAAUGCCAUGAUCAAAGGUUUCUGUAAAUUUGGAAAGAUGACAGAUGCUCUAUCUUGCUUAAAUAAGAUGAAGAAUGUGCAUCAUGCUCCAGAUGAAUACACAUAUUCCACAGUCAUAGAUGGAUAUGUAAAACAGCAUGACAUGAGUAGUGCACUCAAGAUGUUUGGACAAAUGAUGAAACAUAAAUUCAAGCCAAAUGUGAUCACCUACACCUCUUUGAUCAAUGGAUUCUGCAAGAAAGCAGAUAUGAUCAGAGCUGAAAAAGUCUUCAGAGGGAUGAAGUCUUUUGAUUUGGUGCCUAAUGUUGUCACAUACACUACACUAGUUGGGGGUUUCUUUAAGGCUGGUAAACCUGAGAAAGCAACAUCCAUUUUUGAGCUAAUGCUGAUGAACGGUUGUCCUCCAAAUGAUGCUACAUUCCAUUACUUGAUAAAUGGUUUAACAAAUACUGCAACUAGUCCGGUUCUUAUUGAGGAAAAAGAUUCUAUGGAAAACGAGAGGUCCUUGAUUUUGGAUUUCUUCACAAUGAUGCUUUCGGAAGGAUGGGAUCAAGUGAUUGCUGCUUAUAAUUCUGUUAUUGUUUGUCUUUGUAAGCAUGGAAUGGUUGACACUGCUCAAUUAUUGCUAACUAAGAUGCUGACUAAAGGAUUUCUUAUAGAUUCUGUAUGUUUCACCGCUAUGCUACAUGGCUUAUGCCAUAAAGGCAAAUCAAAAGAAUGGAGAAAUAUCAUAUCCUGUGAUCUAAAUAAGAUUGAACUUCAAACUGCUGUUAAAUAUUCCCUGACAUUAGACAAAUACCUAUAUCAGGGAAGGCUCUCAGAGGCUUCGGUUAUUUUACAGACCUUGAUUGAGGAAGAUAGAGUGAGAUAGAAUGAGAUAGAGUGAGGAAAGUCUACAGACUAAAGAAGUCAAACAACUUUUCAGUCUCAUGUAUGAAUGUGCAUAUAAUGUGAUCUACGUAGAAAUUAAAGAAGACAUUGGUAUUUUUUCUGAAUUCUAUUAUACUUGUUGAUGACAGUACGCAACAAAGCGACAACUCAAAUUAUCUUCAGAAAAGCAUUUUAUGAAGUGGCUAUCAAUGAAUCAUUAUUUGUUCCAACCUUUUGCAGUAUUACUGGCAUUUAAAGAUGGGUUUUUUACUUUAUGCUUUGAAACAUCAAACAGCUGUCUGUGGCAAUAAAGAGGUUCUGAAUUGAUAUGAACUGCAGUUACAUGGUAUCCAUUACAGUUUGCUUUCAAUGGAAACAACUGGAGCAUGUGUAUUACUUAUAUACAAUUGUUUGGAAAUUAACAUUAAAUGGGUAUAAAGCCCUGUUUCUUAAGUAUGUUGAAGACUUCAGUUUUUGGCAGUUCACUUGUCAUAUUGGGAAAAGCCCUUCAACAUAUUAAUAUGGCCCCGCUGAUAUAUUUGAAACUCCUUGAAUGGCUUCUUUGCCGGGGCAUUAUUGUAGACAGCCAGCGUAUGCUAAUUACGCUAAUUAUUUUCAGAGUCAUGCAAUUGGUAUAUAUACCUUGAAGGUUAGUAAAAGGGGCAUUUGAUUCUGUUACCCCUUAGCAGUUAGCUGGUAUAUUG